CAUCUACCAGCCUGUCGCGAAUGGCCCUCCCAUCAAUCAGAAGGGUGGGGCAAUGUGGUUCACAACAAUCCUAGUGCCGCCGGCUCUGCAUCGCAAUAUAAGGACUCUAGUCGAUCAGAGUCAUCCCAGUUGCGCGCUCCUAGUACCAGUUCCACGAUGUCAACCUUGUCAACUCCAUCUAUCGAUCUGGGUCCAUUCGUAUUCGGAUUGGCAUUCAACUGGGGGCUACAAAGCGUGUUAACUGUUCAGACUUACAUUUACUACCUCUGCUUCCCGCACGAUCGCUGGACUCAAAAGUGUUUAGUAUACGUGCUGUGCAUCUACGAGUGGGUACAGACAGGAUUGAUCACAGCGUUCACAUAUCGUCUGCUACUCUGGGCAACUUCAACUUCAACGCAGUCCUUCUCGUCAGCAAUUGAUGACUUUGAACUCUUCUCCGGCAACGCGUGGGUGACAAUUUACAUUAUGGGUGCAGUCCAGUCGGCUGCAGUGCAGAUCUACUUUUCCCGCCGCAUAUACAUCCUCUCGCGCUCGUAUGUCAUCCCAUGUUUUACCGUUUUCGUCGCAUUGGCUCAGCUGAGUGCUGGGCUCGUAGGCGGUGUUCAGACAUUCAAGACGAUCACAGAUUGCUUACGAGGUAGCUACGGUGCAGUAUACUCGUACGAAGUCCUCAACAUCGAUGUGGCCACAUAUGUUUGGCUUGCUGCAAGCACUAUAUGCGAUUUGACUAUCGCUGUAUCGCUCGUAGUUUUGCUGUUCAGGCUCAAGAAUGGCCUGAAAUGGACUGACAUCAUCAUUAACCGCUUAAUAAAAGUGGUCGUCGAGACAGGCUCAUUGACCGCGGUCACAGCAGUCGUCACUCUUGGUCUGUUCGUGGGAGGGACCGGAGAGUCAGCCAUUUGUCCACUCCUCAUCCUGUCAAAACUAUACGCAAAUUCUGUCCUGAUCACGCUCAACAAUCGCGUGAUCGUCAAGUCUGGACAAAACGGAGAUGCCAAUGUCCUGAAGCCGAUUGGCCAUAACAUCGGCAAUAUGCAGGACUUCCCGACGAUCGAUGUUGAUCACUCAAGCGUACCGCGCAUGAUUCCUAUCGUCGUCGCUGUCAGCCAUGAAGUGAACACUUUUGUUACGAAAGAUGAGGAGGAAGGUCGCAUCUCCGCUGGUCAUGACCAUAGCUGGGAAAGCGAAUGAUCCAAUGACACAAAGAACAGAUGCCUCGCCUUUCCAGUUCGUCUCCCCGCCUACGCCAAGCAUGUGAUGAAUUAUUUUGAUACUUACCAUACGGAACGGUCGGAACCAUGGGCUCGUGGUUUGACAUUGUCCGAGUCUCGUUUCUCUUGACAAUAUGCACUGUGUUACUUGGAGGCAGAAGAAGUUCUCAUGCUGUCUCAGGUCUUUCAUGACAGACUGUGCGUUGCGCGGAAGCCUGCAUGCGCAGCACCAUUACUAUUGGUAUUGAGUCAUUCUCGAGACUCAGGCUUAAAUGAAAAGACAUUUGCAAG